CUUAGUUAAACCUCACAUUUAGUUUGGUGUGCCCCUGACCGUUGAAGUGAGAGAACAUCAUGGUGAGAUCAGAGGAGCUGUCUGAGGCCUUCAGAAAGAAGAUUGUAGACACUUGUGAGUCUGUGCAUGUGUGUCCAUGCUCACAUUGUCUGAGCAGACCCAGAGCACAUUUGUGGAGCAUCAAGGCAAGACGGGCAGAGACACUUCCAACUGGCAAAGCUGUGCAGUGGUAGAGGAAGAAGAGGACGGAGGAGAAAAUGAGAGCUACGCAAGACAAGCAAGCAAAAAGCCCGUUCAGCCAGGCCAAUAUGUGCAAAGUGCGGAUGUGGAAGCUGCUCCCUCACGUAAUGCUGUGCCUGUCUUUGGUCAUUUACGCAGCACUGGGUGCGUGUUUGUUCCAAUACAUCGAAGGAAGGGCACCUCCCAUGAAAAAGGAAUACCAUGACUUCUUGGGCGACAUUAUCCUGCAUGUCCAGAAUCUCACCAAACAUCCAUCUACUCACCAAAACAUAGUGAUAGAAGUGGAGCAUAAGAUGAAGAAUUUUCAGACCAAAUGGCUCCAAACACCUGACAUGUGGACAUUCUUUGGCGCAAUGUUCUUCGUAUGCACAGUCUUCACAACGGUUGGCUAUGGAGCCAUCUAUCCAGUCACCCUACCUGGUAAAGUGGCGUGUAUCUUGUAUUCUAUGGUGGGCAUUCCGCUAAUGCUUUUAGUCAUGCUUGAUAUCGGAGACUUCAUGGCUACGUUGUUGACCAAAGCGAUUGUUCAUAUCCAUGCCUUCUUCAAAGUCCUACGCUCACACUGUCUGUCCAAACUGACACUUUGCGGGAACGUGAGAGAGUCGAACCAUCGGACUUUGGAAGACGGUACAAUUGUUUACAGCAAUGACAUUGUGAUUCAUGAACUACUCAACGUCCGGGAAGUCUUGCAAAGUCAAGUGACAGUGAAGUCCAAUUCCAUUCAGCUCCAAAAAAAUCGAGAGAUCUUUGAGAAGAUUCUUGCCAAAGAGAAUCUCCUGCAUACGGGGCCAUUGCUAAGGAGCCUGUCUUGCCCAGAACUGAAUCAAAUGCCACCGUUGCCCAAGGGAUUUGCCAUAUGGGACUUCACCGGAAUGGGAGACACUAUGGACGCGCUGGAUGUACCAUUUGUGCUCAUUCUUUUCAUCGUGUUUGCUUACAUUUUCCUUGGAGGGCUCAUUCUUCCAAUAUGGGAGACAGAAAUGGAGGGAUUUGACCCUUACUAUUUCUGUUUUAUCACACUCACAACUAUUGGGUUUGGAGACAUUGUGCCUCAACAUCCCAAUUUUUUUAUGCUCACCUCACUCUUCAUCAUUGCAGGCAUGGCCAUCAUGUCCAUGGCAUUUAAGCUUAGCCAGACACGACUUGUAGACUGCUACCGCCACUGUAUUAGCAUCAUAAGCAGGGGAAACACUAAUACAGCCAAGGACUAAGGCUACGUUCACACCGCAUGGCGUGAUGCCCAAAUGUUAUUUUUCCUGUUUGUAUAGCUGUUCAUAUUGAAAACAACAUAUGCGACUCUCACUGUAAAGGGAAUGCAUCCGUGAGGUCACACUCAUGGAUACUGCCACUUGCGUGAUGUGUUUACGGGGGUAAAUAUACGUAGUCCCUUCUGACCUUUUUUCGGACCUCCGUGAAGUUGGCCUCAUCAGACGCAAAUUUAUAUAAAAAUUAGGUUUUUUUUGUUUUUUUUAAAUAUUUACAAUUAUUUUAUAGGUCGAUCUGAGAUC